AUGGCUGCCACUGCCGUGUCCUCCUCUCCUGCACUACUGCGGUCUGCGCCGUUUUCGAAAAGCUCGUCCGACAUUGUCAUCCGUCAGUUCCGCCAUAAUGAUUUGGCUCAAGUAAUUGAGCUCUUCAAAGAGGGCAUGCUCGUGAGAGGAACGGACGAACUGAUGGACGCGUAUAUUGCCACCAGUCUGGAAACGGACCUCAGCGAUAUCGAAGGCACGUACAUCAAGCCUGGCGGCAACUUCUGGAUUGCCACGCCUCGUGACGAUCCGACCCUCGUUGUGGGCACGGUCGGGCUCGAAGUGAGGUCCAAGCACCAAGGUUAUCUCCGGCGACUGUCGGUCAGGAGUACACAUCACCGACGUGGCAUUGGCCGGCUGCUCAUCUCGACGCUAGAACACUACGCACGUGACCGUCUACUCGACCACAUCCAGCUUGGCACGAGAGGAUUCAUGAAUAAAGCACGGGCUCUAUACCGUCUGGAAGGGUACACGGAGACAGAGGUGAUUGUCAUCCGUGACGAACCUCGUGCUGAGGUGAUCAUGAUUGAGAAACGCUUACACGUGUCUAGUCAGGGACGGACGCACUAG